AUGGAAGCCAAUUUCGAAUACUGCUGUAUCGAUUGUCUGCACGCUGGCAAGAAUGCGCUUCUUCUCGCUAUUGACCUGCGAUACCCACAGGCGGUGGAUCUGAUCUUGCAGUAUCGGCCCGACGUCCGCUAUUGCUGCGACUUUGGAGGUCGAGGGCCCCUGUCACUUGCGGUGAUCGGCGGAAAUGCUGCUAGCGUGGAGCGGAUUCUCCAGUCUCAGGAGAUUGAUGUCAACGAUCGAUGCUCGGACGGACUGUCUGCUCUAGUAAACGCGCCGAAGCAUCGCGAGUACUAUGCCGUCCAACUUUUACUUGCUGAUCCUCGAGUGGAUGUCAAUCUCCCAGACUCUCUUGGCUGGACGCCACUGCAAACUGCGGUUCUCGAAGGAGAUCAUAUAGCAGCCCAGAUGCUGGUGCGAUAUGCAGGAAUCGAUAUCAACCACCAGAGCCCGGCUGUGGAAAGGCUCAAUAGUCAGCAAUCUGUCCUCAUGGUCGACUCUCUUCUACUGCAUUCCGAACUGGAUGUGAAUUUUUCAGACUCCAAAGGGCGAACAGCUCUCUGGCAUGCUGUCAACCGUGGCCAUUAUGACCUCGUGAAAUUGUUUCUACGUCAAAGGCAGCUGAGUUGA